GCUUGCACAGCCCUUUUUGGGAAGAUGGCGGCUCCCGGCCGCGGUGCUCCUGGCCUCUGGAUCAGGGGUGCUGGCCAUAUUUUGGGGAGUCUCUUCACUCUCGUUUCAAGGCCAUUUUGUUCCGCUGCUGCUGUUUCUAAUUCCCUGAAUGCACAGCGAUUAGCAGAGAGGCUCCGAGCCCAGAAACGGCAACAAAAUACGGAAAGGGAGCCGGUGCCCACAAACCCUGUUCAACGGAGGGUGCAAGAAUUAGUGCGCUUCACACAGCAGCUGCAGCGAGUCCACCCCAAUGUGCUUGCUAAGGCUUUGAGACGAGGGAUUCUUCAUCAGGACAAGGACCUCGUAGUCAUCGAUAAGCCCUAUGGUCUGCCUGUGCAUGGUGGCCCCGGAGUCCAGCUCUGCAUCAGUGAUGUGCUACCUAUCCUGGCAAAGAUGCUUCAUGGCCACAAGGCAGAGCCCUUGCAUCUGUGCCACCGACUGGACAAGGAAACAACAGGCGUGAUGGUGUUGGCUUGGGAAAAGGAAGUAGCACAUCAAGUUCAAGAGUUGUUCAGAACCCGUCAGGUGGCAAAGAAGUACUGGGCCAUCACUGUGCGGGUCCCUGUGCCCUCCACAGGAGUUGUGGACAUCCCCAUUGUGGAGAAGGAGGUGCAAGGCCAGCGGCAGCACCACAAGAUGACACUGGCCCCAAGCUACCGCAUGGACAACGGGAAAAUGGUAAAAGUACGGAACAACCAGCAUGCACACGUCGCUGUGACUCAGUACCAGGUGCUAAGCAGCACGGUCUCCUCCGCUCUCAUGGAGCUCCAGCCCAUCACUGGAAUAAAACAUCAGCUGCGAGUUCAUUUGUCUUUUGGAUUGGAUUGUCCUAUCCUUGGUGAUCACAAGUACUCAGACUGGAAUAAGUUGGCUCCCCAGAAACUGUCCAUGGGGACCCUGAAGAAGCUGGGGCUACAGCAGUCAAAGGCUCGCCACAUCCCUCUUCAUCUGCAUGCCCGGCAGCUGGUCUUGCCUGCUCUGGGGCCCCGGAAGGAGGAACUCAACUUGGUGUGCAGAAUUCCUCGCUUCUUUGCACGCUCCCUGCGCCGUCUGGGUUUAGAGAUACCAAAUGAGGAUGAAAAUGGGGACAGUGAAGCCAGACAUCCAGGAACACAGUGAAGACCCUGGGGGUUCUCUGACAUCUGGGAGGGCAGGCUGGCUCCUGAACUCUUUGCUUUGUUUACUGAGCUCUGCUAACUUCUCAGGGGAGCAGACUCCAGAAGAACAGGUAGGAUAAGCUGGAGCAGCAUAACUGCGUCAGGGCUUCUCAUGGAGAAUAAAGUCUAUUUACUGAUGGAAAGUCUGCUGGAAGUCUCCUUGCCACAGAGAAAAGAGCCCAGGACCAGGCAGAUUGGAGCAAUGAGUGAAAAAAGGAGAGCUGACUUGGCACCUGUAGCUCAGUGGCUUGGGUGUCAGCCACAUACACUGGAGCUGGUGGGUUCGAACCCAGCCCAGGCCUGCCAAUCAAUAAUGACAACUACAACCAACAACUAGCUGGGUGUUGUGGCAGGCACCUGUAGUCCCAGCUACUUGGGAGGCUGAGUCAAGAGAAUCGCUUAAGCCCAAAGAGUGUGAGUUUUGAACCCGCCAGCCUCGGUGUAUAUGGCUGCAACCGUAACCACUGUGCUAUGGGUGCCGAGCCAAGGUGGGGCUUUUGAUAGGUGAGAAAGCAUACAUGUAUGGGGAAGCUGGAGGCACAUAAGGCAAUGGUGGGGGCAAAUACCUGGGAGCACAUGCUACCAAGCAGUCCUGGGCUCCAGCUGGUUGUUGGCAUGUGGGCAUGGAUUUUCUCAUUGUUUUUCCAGACAAUCAGGAAACCUAGAUAGUUAUAUGAAGUCUUUAAGUGUAUUGCCAACUAAAUCAAUUUUUUUUUAUUGUUGGGGAUUCAUUGAACCAGGUUACAUUGAUUGCUUUUGUUAGAUAAGGACCCUCUUAUAAUUGUGUCCCACUCCCAAAAGGUGAGCCACACCCCUUGUUCCCCUAACCCUUCCCUCCUUCCUUUUCUCAGCUCUCCCCAUCCCCCACCCCUCACCGUGUACUAGGGCAUUAAUUGUCCUCAUAUCAGAAUUGAGUACAUAGGAUUCUCAUUUCUCCAUUCUUGUGGUGCUUUACUAAGAAUAAUGUGUUCCACAUCCAUCCAGGUUAAUACAAAAGAUGUAAAGGCUCAUUUUUUCUAGUGGCUGAAUAGUAUUCCAUGGUAUACAUAUACCACAGCUUGUUGGUGGGCAUUUAGACUGUUUCCACAUUUUGGUGAUUGUAAAUUGAGCUGCAAUAAACAGUCUAGUGCAAAUG